AUGGCGAAUGAGAAAAGCGAAAUCAACGACAUCGUAAAGAAAUGCAAAAUUCUUCUAUUGGACAUUGAAGGAACAACAACAUCGAUCAGCUUUGUUAAGGAUAAAUUGUUUCCUUAUGCCGAAGAAAAUGUAAAGGAUUUUUUAAACAAUGAAUGGGGGUCUGCGGAUGUAAAAGACGCUGUUGGAGCACUGAGGAAGUUAGCUCUUGAGGACGAAGAGAAGAAAGUUGAUGGGGUCGUUACAAUUCCUGCAGAUGAUGCCUCUAAAGAUGAUCAGAUAGAUGCUUUGGUAAAGAAUGUUAAAUGGCAGAUGUCAUCGGACCGUAAAGUUGGGCCACUAAAGCAACUGCAAGGUCUUAUUUGGAAGAAGGGAUAUGAUAAGGGUGACAUCAAAGGACAUGUAUACGAUGAUGUAUCUCCGGCAUUGGAGCAGUGGCGCUCUGUGGAAGGCCGGAAGGUGUAUAUCUACUCGUCAGGCUCAGUCCAGGCUCAGAAGCUUUUAUUUGGCAUGUCUUCAGCAGGCGACAUGCUAAAGCUGAUUGAUGGCCAUUUUGACACUGCCGUAGGUGCUAAGCAGGAGUCUGCGAGUUAUACCGCCAUCGCUGAGAAGAUUGGCUGCAAGGCCGAAGAAAUACUGUUUCUCACUGACAUUGACAAAGAGGCAGAGGCAGCUCGCUUAGCUGGUGUUCAGGCAGCGCUAGUGAGCCGCGAAGGCAACGCACCUUUAUCCGAGGCCAUCACCAGUGCCUAUCCAGUAAUCUACAGCUUCACGGAGCUCGCUGCGACAAAUAAACGCAAGACCGAUGCUCAGGAUCAGCAACAACCUGCAAAAGUUCCUAAGACUGAUGUUGAAACUGACGUUAAAACUCCAGUCGAAACUUCACCGCCACAAUCCGAAAACAAAUCCGAAGAGAUAGACAAAAUGGAGGUAGAAGAAGAAAAUAGCCCUAAAGAGGAAACAGCAGCUGAAAAACUUACAAGCGAAGCUGUCGAGCAUAUCGAAACUACUGUGGAAGAUAUUACUGGUUCAGAAGAAGUUUCAGACGUCGUUGUCUCUGAUGCUAAACCUAUAGUAAUAGAGUGUGCUGCUACUAAAAUGAUGGAAACUGAGCCUGUAGAGGUCGUAAAUUCCGUGUCCGAUUCUAAAGCAAAUGAACACAAUGACGCAUCUGUAUCUGAACAAAAUCUUCCCCUUGUUAUCACAGAAAUCAAAGAUAUUACAAAUGAGAAAGAGAGUCUAAGUGAAGGAACUGAAAUUGUUGAAGAUUUAGUUCCUGUGGUUGAGGAACCUGCAGCUCAAGAUAUGGAAGAUCUUCAGAAUGUAGGGGAAGUACUGGAGAAAGAAUGUGAUGAAAUACUGUCAAAGGUGCAAGACGUCACCAACCUGGAUAAUAUACCAUUAAAGCAGUUACGUCCUAUUGCUGAGGAGACUAUGGAAACUGAAAAUAUGGAUUCAAAUGAUAUAGUUGAAGGAAUUUUGGACUCAGAACAGGAACUUGAAAUGAAAAAGUGCACAGAUAUUGAUCUUAACAGCGUUAAAGAUAUAUCUGCUGCUAAGCCUACUACAAAUGCAGACAAAAGUGAAACACUGGAAGUCAGUGACAAACCAUCUGUAGUUGUUGUACCCGAAGAAAAACCAUUAAAAGGCAUUGUAGAAGAAGCAAAAACAGAGGAAGUAAAAGAAAAACAUGCUUCAGUAGAUGUAAAAUGCACUACAAAAGAAAAAGUAAAGGAAACUAGUGUGACAGAAGAAAAAUUAAAGGAAACUAGUUCGCCAGAAGAAAAAGUAAAGGAAACUAGUUCGCCAGAAGAAAAAGUGCAGGAAACUAGUGUGACAGAAGAAAAAUUACAGGAAACUAGUGUGACAGAAGAAAAAGUGCAGGAAAAUAGUGUGACCCAAGAAAAAGUAAUGAAAUCUAGUGUGACAGAAGAAAAAGUAAAGGAAACUACUGUGACAGAAGAAAAAGGAGAGGAAGCUAGUGGCCCAGAAGAAAAAGUAGAGAAAGCUAGUGUGUCAGAAGAAAAAGUUAAGGAUGCUAUUAUGACAGAAGAAAAAGUAAAGGAGGCUAGUGUAACCGAAGAAGUAAAAGAAACUAGUGUGACAGCAGAAAAAGUAGAGGAAGCUAGUGUGACAGAAGAGAAAGUAGAAAAAGCAAAGUUGACGGAAGAAAAAGUCAAGGAAUGUAGUUCGAAAGAAGAUAGGGUAAAUGAAACUAGUUUGAAAAAAGAAAAGGAUAGUAAUGGGACAGAAGAAAAGAUAACUGCAAAUGGGCAGACAGAAGAUAAAGCAAAAGAAAGUAGUCAGGCAGAAGAAAAUGAAAGUAAUUUAAAGGAUGACAGAGUUAUGAACAGCUGUGUUACAGAUGGAAAAGUAAAAGAUAAUUGUAUUACAGAAGAUAAAGUAAAGGAAAUGAAUGUUACAGAAGAAACUCUAGAGAAAAGCAAUAUUACAAAAGAGAAGGAUGUUAGUUCAGUAGAACAAAAACUCGUUGACGGUGGUUCUGUAUCAGGAAAACUGGAAGAAAGCAAAUCGAUAGUUGAUGAGGUUAAAGCAACAAAAGAAAAUAUUGAAACUGAAAUGGAAACAGAUGAUAGUACACCUGAAACAAGAGACAACAAAAUUUCAAUUGAUGAAAAGAAAACAGAAGAUAAAUCAGAAAGAGAGAAGUUACAAAUCGAAGGUGAAAAAUCCGACGUCAGCAGCACAAAAUUAUCUGCUGAAACCAAUGCGAAAACUCUAAAUGACGAAAUUUCAAUGGAAAUUGACCAAUCAGAGACCAAGUCAGAAACAAAACCGACUGAGAAAGUGGCUACCGCUAGUACUGUGGAAGCUGUUCAGCCAGAUAAUGACUCGAAAGCAGUACAGGUAAAUGGAAAAUCAACCAACGGUGACGCAGAUAUGGUAGAUUUAAAUGGAGACGCAAGCAAAGAUGAUGAAUUAAGCUCUCGACUCUCUAUGGAAAACGGAAAGGAGAUCGUUAACGGCGCUAAAGGUGAUUCUAUUGGGGAGGCUAAAACCGAAAAUCAAGGAGAUGAUGUCAAAGAGAACAACCUACGGAAGCAUAAGAUAAUUCGUGUCGAACGAGUGGAACUGCAGGGCAUCGUAGCGUUGUUGGUUCACAUCGGAAGAUUGACAAGACUGAGGUUGCUUCCACGCUAA